ACAAGGAAACGGAAGUUACAAGCCAAGGUGAGGACUGUGGGAUUCCUGUCGACAUUCUCCAACUGGAGACAGCGCGAGAAAGAUAGGGCGGAACUGAGAAAAAAUAUGGAACAAUUAAAACAGGAGAAAAAAGUUAUGUUUGAAGAAAUCGAUGAAAUGAAUUCGACUAUCGAUGAUGAGGAUCGAUUCAGGCGAAAAUCAACAAAGGUUGCCGUGUUUAAUCGAAACACACGGGAUUCGGACAAACCCAUGUGGGCAGCUUUUGAAAGUGACGCUAAGUGUUUUUUAUGCAGAGAACGUGUGGAUAUAGAAGUGGGGUUUCCAUGCCGAGUUUGUACGAAGAUAUUUCACGAGGAAUGUUUGCAGGACUGUGGCGAAUGUAGAAAAAUAGACAGGGAUUUAUGUCAUCGUGGAAAUUUAGGUUUGUUGCUGACAGAUGAAGAAAUGGGAAAGGUGGUGAGAAAAUUUGAAAAAUAUGACAUAAAUCAAGAUACCAUGGUGUCGGAGGAUGAAUAUUGUAAAAUCAGAGAAGAAGAAUUUGAAGAAAUUGAAAUCAAAUCUCCCGGUAGAUUCGAUGUUCAACGUUUCUUACUGGAUUUCCGAUUGGCUGAUGUUGAUUGCGACGGCAAGCUUGAUUGGUGGGAAUUUGUAAACCACGAAGCACAGCAAGUGUUAAUUCAUAGGUCAAAGGACGAAUUGGUUGAUUUAUUAACAGAGAAAGAAUUAUUGAAAGCUAAAUCAUUAUUCCGUACAUUUGAUAAAGAUGAUAAUGGUUUUAUAACGGAGAUCAGUGCAAAAGAAGCUUACAGACUUUGGUAUCAAAAGCUUGAAAGUACAAAAAAGGCGAAGUAA